AUGGGCUCCAUCACCAGCGUCUUGACCCAAUUCUACCCGCCUAAGGCCGCCUUCACGGAGCAGGAUGUGCCUGAUCUUAGUGGAAAGGUCUACAUAGUCACCGGGUCCAACACGGGCAUCGGGAAGGGCUUGGCCGGCAUACUCUACUCGCGUAAUGCAAAGGUUUACGUCGCCGCCCGGUCGGAGCAGCGGGCCGAGGCCGCCAUCGCAGAGCUCAAGGCCGCCUCGCCCUCGUCGACUGGGUCCUUGACCUUCCUGCACCUGGACCUCGCUGACCUCAGCGGGAUCAAGGCCUCGGUGGACGCCUUCCUCGCUCGCGAGAAGAAGCUGCACGUGCUGUUCGACAACGCGGGCGUCAUGAACGUCGCGUCGGGGCAGGAGGACGCUCGGACGCCGCAGGGCCACGAGAUCCACAUCGGCGUCAACUGCCUGGGCACCUUUCUGUUCACGAAGCUGUUGACUCCGGUGCUAACCGCGACGGCGGCGGCCGAGCCGGCGGGGUCCGUCCGCGUCGUCUGGCUGUCGUCGACGAUCGACGUAGCCGCAGAGAAGAACGUGGGCUUCGACCUCGGCAACCUCGACUACCGCGUCCCGAAGCCGGCCAUGAUCCGCUACGGCUACAGCAAGGUCGGCAACUACUACCAGGGCGUUGAGUACGCCCGCCGCGUCCGCGACGCUGGUAUCGUCAGCGUUGUCGCUAACCCGGGUAACCUCGCCUCCGACCUCUACCGCGAGCAUGGCACCGCCUUCAAGUUCGUCACCAAGCUCAUCACCCACCCGCCCAUCAACGGCUCAUACACCAUGCUCUACGCAGGCUUGUCUCCCGAAGUCACCUUAGAAAAUACCGGUAGCUUCAUCAUCCCCUUUGGCCGGAUACACCCUCCUCGAAAGGACUUGGAGCUGGCGGCCAAGCCAGUCUCGGAGGGAGGCAACGGGACGGGGCCCAAGUUCUGGGAGUGGUGCGAGGAGCAGGUCAAGGCAUUUGUUUAA